AUGGUCAAUUCCUGUUGUGGCUCUGUCUGCUCUGACCAGGGUUGUGGCCCAGGCCUCUGCCAGGAGACUUGCUGCUGUCCCAGCUGCUGCCAGACUACCUGCUGCCGCCCCAGCUGCUGUGGGUCCAGCUGCUGCAGACCCAGCUGUUGUCAGACCACCUGCUGCAGGACCACCUGCUGCCGCCCCAGCUGCUGCGUGUCCACCUGCUGCAGACCCCAGUGCUACCAGACUGUGUGCUGCCAGCCCACCUGCUGCUGCCCCAGCUGCUGUGUGUCCAGCUGCUGCCGUCCAGUCUGCUGCCAGACCACCUGCUGUAGAACAACCUGCUGCCGCCCCAGCUGCUGUGGUGGUUCUUGUUGCUGA